ACUCCUUCGUUUUGCACCGCGGCAUUGUGGGUAUUGAGGUCUGAUGGUGUCACGUUUUGGAUCCAGCAUGGCAGCUAAACAGAAGAGGAAAUUGGAAGACCUCAGUGUGGAUGAGUUCAUGCAGUCAGGCUUUGACUCUGAAGGUGAAUCUGAAGAAGAGACUCCGAAACAGAAUGGACUCAAUAAAAAGAACAAGAAGAAAGGUCUGAAAUCUGCAGCCCUUCAGACGGAUGAUAAAAAGAAAGGCAAGGCCAGUGAGCACAAGGAGCAGCUGUCCAGGUUAAAGAACAAAGAUCCAGAGUUCUACAAGUUCUUACAAGCAAACGACCAAACGCUCCUAAACUUUGACGACACAGACAGCUCUGAGGAUGAGGAUGAGAAGAAGUAUCACAAGUUGCCAUCUGCGCUGGAGGAGGCCAGCUCUGGUGACGAUGAGGACGGGGAUGAUGAGGAGGGUCAGAAAGCUUCAAAGAAAUCCAAGAAGGCAAAGAAGUCUAUCAAAGUCACAGAUAAAAUGAUUGAGGAGUGGAAAGCUGCUAUGAAGAAGGAACCCACAGCUCGUCUCUUUAGAGAGGUCACCCAGGCAUUUAAGGCUGCUGUGGCUACAACUAAGGGUGAAGGAGUUACUCAGUGUCGAUACAAAGUGGCCGACAGCUCAGUGUUCAACGCCUUGGUCUUGUUCUGUAUCAGAGAUAUUUAUGUGGCCCUGCAGAGGAUGCUCAACCUCAAGCCAGAGAAAGACCAGAAAAAGCUAGUGCUCCCGUCAUCUAGUCCAAGGUGGCAAAAGAAUCAGAUCGACAUCAAGAUGUAUCUCAGUGGAGUAGUUCAGCUGUUAUCCUGUCUAACUGAGGCCACAGUCAUCAGUGCUGUCCUGAGGCAUGCCAACCAGCUCGUACCUUAUUACCUUUGUCUACCCAAACAGUGUCGUCACCUGGUUAAGCAACUGAUGAAGCAGUGGAGCACGGGGGAGGAGACAAGUCGGGUUCUAGCCUUCCUGGCCCUCAACAAAAUGUGUAGACACAAGCAGGAAACAUACCUGAACCCUAUUCUCAAGCAAAUGUACAUUUCGUACGUACAGAACUGUAAGUUCACAUCUCCCAACGCGCUGCCCAUGAUCAACUUCAUGCAGCGGACUCUAACAGAGAUGUACUCCCUGGACACACAGACCACUUACCAGCACGCCUUCAUCUACAUUCGACAGCUGGCCAUUCACCUCAGGAACGCCAUGACCAUGAAGAAAAAGGAAACGUACCAAUCUGUGUAUAACUGGCAGUAUAUCCACUGUCUGUACCUGUGGUGUCGAGUCCUCAGCACCCUGCACCCUAGUGAUGUACUCCAACCUCUCAUCUAUCCACUCUGCCAAGUCAUAAACGGCACCAUCAAGCUGGUGCCCACAUCCAGAUAUUACCCUCUGAGGAUGCACUGUUGCAGAGCCCUCACCCUGCUGUCCAGCAGCACCAACACAUUUGUACCGGUCCUGCCUUUCCUCCUGGAGAUCUUUCAACAGGUUGACUUUAACAAGAAACCAGGGCGAAUGAGCAAGAAACCCAUCAACUUUGCCGUCAUCCUGAAGCUGAGCAAGGUCAACCUGAUGGAGAAAGCCUAUAAGGACGGGUUGAUUGACCAGCUGUAUGACCUGAUCCUGGAAUACUUCCACACUCAGGCCAGCUCCAUCGGCUUCCCAGAGCUCGCCCUGCCCACCGUCAUUCAGCUGAAAGCAUUCCUGAAGGAAUGCAAAGUGGCCAAUUACUGCAAGCCGGUGCGCCAGCUGCUGGAGAAGGUACAGGAGAACAGCAGCCACAUCACAGGACGGAGACAGAAGGCCGCCUUCGGAGUGGCCGAUGCCACCGCUGUGGUGAGUGCAGCCUGGGAGAAGCAGGUCAAGGAGGAGGGGACUCCCCUCAGCAGGUACUACAGCCAGUGGAAGAAGCUGAGGGAGAAGGAGAUCCAGCUGGAGAUCUCUGGCAAAGACAGGAUGGAGGAUCUGGACCUCCCUGAGAUCAAACGUAAGAAGAUUCAGGAGAAGAAGGCGGAGGACAAGAAGGAGUUCAAGGAUCUGUUUCAGUCUGACAGCGAAUCAGACGAAGAUGACGGAGGACUCAAAAUCAAAGGGAAAAAGGGCCGCCGUGGGUCAGAUGAUGAUGAGGCUGAUGAUGAUCUUGAAGAUUUGUCUGACAUGAGCGAUGACGAGGGGAUGGAAGGCCUAGACUCAGAUGAGGAUGAUGAUGAUGAGGAAGGAGAUGGAAAGGCCUCCAAGGCUCCUCAGCCGCUGUCCUCCUCUGCUCUGAUACAGCUGGCAGAAGGAGACGAGGAUGUGGUGGAAGACCUGGAGCUGUCUGAUGAUGACUGAGGUUCAUGGAUGCACACACUCGAGUUCACCUGAGAGACGUCUUUGCUCUCCAGCUUAUCAACCGUCUACAUUUAGAUAUAUAUUUUAUAUCUAUAUAUUUUGAAUAAUAUUUGACUUUUUGCUUUUUUCUUUGCUUUUGAAUUUUGUAUGACUUCAGCUGUACAGUACGAACAUGUUCAUGAUGUAAUUAAGCAGUGAAAAUUGUUAAAAAAAAUUCAACAAUUC